GUACCGAUUCUUUGAUGGGACAUGAUCAUGUUAAAGUUACUUAAGCACCAACUACAUUGAUGCUGGAACAAAUAUUGAUGGUAUUGGAAGAAAAAUGAUUGAUCUUUUCUUUGUAUAACCAUGAUAACUAUAUUGAUGUAUUGAAGAAAUUUUUGUUGAGGCUUGCAGAGAUGUAAUUGAUACAAAGUGAAAUGGACAUGAUUGACAAGCACCUGUCACCAAUCUACAGGUAAACUCCAGAUAAUCAGGUAAAGGUGCUGUCAAAAUGGAGGGAACAGAUCAAACUGGUGGUGACCCUGAAAGAGGGGUAGAGGAUAUGAUCAACCUCAGUUUACUUGACGAAGAGGUCAUACUAAGGAAUAUCAAAGCCAGAUAUGAAAGAGAACUUAUAUAUACAUUUACUGGGAGUAUCCUGGUUUCAGUCAACCCUUAUAAGAUGUUUAAUAUCUAUGGACUGGAUAUGGUCAAGAAGUAUGAAGGCCGAGCUCUUGGAAAUUUACCACCACAUCUUUUUGCCAUUGGUAGUACAUCAUAUAGUAAAAUGAUGAAGGACCUGGAGAACCAAGUUAUUGUUAUCAGUGGGGAAAGUGGUGCCGGUAAAACAGAGGCGACAAAGUUAGUGAUGCAGUAUCUGGCUGCUGUCAACAAGAACGGUAAUAAUCUGAUUACUGAACAGAUCCUUGAGGCUAAUCCACUGUUAGAAUCAUUUGGGAAUGCAAAGACAAUUCGCAAUGACAAUUCAAGCAGAUUUGGAAAAUACAUCGAAGUAUUUUUUAAGAGUGGUUCAAUGGUUGGAGCUAGAACAUCAGAGUAUCUCCUUGAAAAGUCACGCAUUGUUACUCAGGCGCCAGAUGAAAGAAAUUACCAUGUGUUCUAUGAAAUUUUAGCUGGCAUGACAGAAGAAGAGAAAAAGAAAUAUGGUCUACAGACAGCUUCUAAAUACUUUUAUUUAAAUCAGGGAGGCAACUGUGAUAUUUCUGGUCGGAAUGAUGUAGAAAAUUAUCGUGUAUUAACUGGUGCUUUUCAUGUGUUGAAUUUUGAAGGAAAUGAAAAAGAAACAAUAUAUAAAAUCUUAGCUUCUGUUUUACACUUUGGAAAUAUUUUUUUCAAACGAGUACAUGACUCUUCCCAUGAUACUGUGUUGCUUGGAAAUGAUGCUGAGAUCAAAUGGAUAUCACAUCUGUUACAACUGUCUGAGGAUUGGCUGAAACAGGCUCUCACUAGCAAAGUCACAGAGACUAGAGGAGAUAGAGUUGUUUCACCAUUCAACAUAGAUCAAGCUUUAGAUUCAAGGGAUGCCAUAGCCAAAGCGUUGUAUAGUCGUCUAUUUACCUAUUUGGUAGAGAGGAUCAAUUUAAUCACCUGUAGGUCAGAGAGAGAAAAGUCCACAUCACUUGCUCUUCUUGAUAUUUUUGGAUUUGAGGAUUUCCACACAAACAGUUUUGAACAACUUAAUAUUAACUAUGCUAAUGAGACAAUGCAGUUCUUUUUCAAUCAGCAUAUAUUUAGAAUAGAACAAAAUGAAUAUUCAAAGGAAAACAUAGACUGGCGGCACAUAGAAUUCUUGGAUAAUCAACCAGUGAUUGACUUAUUAGCUAGUAAACCAGCAGGAAUAUUAAGCAUCUUAGAUGAUGAGAGUAGUUUUCCACAAGCAUCAGAUACUUCAUUCUUAGAAAAAUGUCAUUUUCAUCAUGCCAAUAAUCCAUUAUAUGAAAAACCCAGGAUGUCGGAUCCUGAAUUUUUCAUUCGUCACUACGCAGGAAAAAUCAAAUAUAAUGUUCAGCAAUUUUUAGACAAAAACAAAGAUACUCUUAGGAGUGAUGUGAUAGAGUUACUGUGUGAAAGUAAAAACAGGACCAUAGCACAAAUGUUUAAAGAAAUGAGAGACAGAUUUAUCACAAAGACGUUGAGUAAAACAACAGGACGUUACAUCACAGUAAAGCCAAGGACUCCUACAGUAGCAGCAGGCUUUACUGAAUCUUUACUCUCCUUAAUUGACAGCAUGUCUAAAUGUAAUCCAUUCUUUGUGAGAUGUUUGAAGCCAAACAACCACAAAGCUCCAAUGUAUUUUGAAUCAUCUGUAGUUCUGGAUCAGCUGAGGUACACUGGGAUGUUAGAGACAAUCAAAAUAAGAAAGAUGGGAUAUCCAGUCAGAGUGAAGUUCCCAGCAUUCAUUGAAAGGUAUCGAUUCCUGUUACAAGGACAAAAAAUAAGCACCCAUCUGUUACCAAAUGAUGUGUGUUCUACAAUACUAAAAACACAAGGAACCCAGUUUAUUGAUCAGUAUAGAUUAGGAGCUACAAAGGUUUUCAUGAAGGAGUCAUUUGAACAGAGAUUAGAUGAAGUGUGUGGAAAGAUCAAAAUAGAUUCAGUGUUAAUACUACAGAAAUCCAUACGGGGUUAUUUAGCCAGAAAAUCAUUCCUUAGAACUGUAGAAUCUACCAGGAAAAUUCAAGUGGCAUUACAAGGAUGGAUAGCAAGAAGGAGAUUCCUUGCUGUAAAACAUGGAAUUGUCAGAAUCCAGGCACAGUACCGUAUGUACAGACAACGUAGGCGAUACGGAAAGGACCUUAGAGAAAAAUUAGAAAGAGAAAGGGAAGAAAAAGAAAGAAAAGAACAAGAGAUCAGAAGAGAAAGAGAAGAAAAGGAAAGGAAAGCUAGAGCUAUGGCUCUGAUAGCAAACCUGGAUAUUCCUGGUCAGCUGGCCUUUGUCUACAACAAGCUAGAUGAAUGGCAGUGUAUCCAUAGUGACAGACAGAUUGUUGUUAUGGAUGGUCAUGUGGCACCAUUAGACAUGAAGUAUAACCUUCCAGAGGACAUCAAUGCUCAUCCAUUCAGCAAAUUUACAAAUGUCUACUUUAAGGAUCCAAACUGGGGUGUGACUUUUGAACCCAUAAAAUCUUCAUUGACAACCUAUGUAACAGGAGAAGAUAACUCUAGACAAGCUGUCUCCACUUUCAAACUGAUCCUGAGAUUGAUGAAUGACCAGACAUUGAGUGCCAAAAAAGAAAAAGCAAUGGCUGAUUAUAUUGUACAAAUGGGUCUACAAAAUGAAGCAAUAAGAGACGAGAUCUACAGCCAGAUAGCUAACCAGAUAUGGAAUAAUCAGAAAGUGACAGCAUUAGAGAGAGGAUGGACUUUAAUGGCUGCAUGUCUUAGUGCCUUCCCAGCGAGUGAUAAAAUAUUCAAAUAUCUACUGAAAUUUGUAUCAGAUAUUGGUUAUAACGGGUACAAGGUUCUUUGUCAACACAAAGCCUUACAGUGUGCCAUGAUUGAAGCUCAGUUGUGUAGAGUUUAUCCUCCAUGUUUGUUAGAAUGGCGAGCUAUUCAACAACAUAGUAACAUGGCUUUACCUGUCCAGUUUGCUGAUGGAAGGAAAAUGAUGGGUCCGGUAGAGUCGUGGACAACUGCUGAAUUGUUUACAAGCCAUUUACUUAAUACAAGAGGAUUAAAAGAGAAUAGCUUUGGAUGGACUUUACAGCUUCAAGAGGAUGUGGAUUAUUAUGAGUUGAUGGGAUAUGAGUAUGUCCUUGACCUUUUAAGUGAAAUGGAGAUUCCCCCAGGAUUCCCUGUCUGCAAGUCUUAUAAUCUGGUUUCCUCAGAUAGAACCAAGGAACCAUCACAAGCCACAAGGAGAGCUUACAGAGAUACACCACACAAUACAGAUGCCACAAGAUACAUGAUUUUGCCUGGUCGUUUGCCAGAACCUUUCAAAGUUGUGUCAAAAAGACUUGAAGAGAGAACUUUCUCUCCAAGAAGUAAAGAAACAAGAGACACGGAUGAAAUAGAGUUCUCAAUGACAAGUGUUUUAAACCAGAGGCCUACAGAUAUUGCUCUUGAUGGUCUAUCAGAAAGUAAAUUAAACCUGCGAUACAUAAAACGAAAGGCUCCAAAUCCUCCAUCCCCGAAUGGAGUAACAAAUGGAUUUACAAAUGGUGAUAUUUCACCAAUUAUUGAAGGGAAGGAACUCGAUCUAUCUCAUACUAAACUAAACAAUAGAUACACUAAUGGUGUGACUCCCAAUGGUGGGACCAAACAAAUGGAAGAUGCUCUCAGUCCAAGCUCAAAACUAAAUGCUCGUUACAUGAAGUCUGGAGUAAUUAAAGGUGCAAGAAAACCUGGAGUGCAAGACAAAAUUUCAAAGAAACAGCAAUUAGAUCGUACAUUAGAGCUACAGACUGCUUCAUCUGACAUUUCUCAUGCUACAGGACAAUCAGACUGGUCACAUUGGGUUGAAGAUGUGUUCAAUAGUGCAUUGGAUGAACAUGUAGAUUCAUUGAGUGAUGCUAGGUCUGUAGAAAACAGACUGAAGGGAGGUGGUAAAGGAAUCCCUGGACCUGGAAUGCAACAGACCCAAGCUCAGCCUCCUUCCUCUCUACCAUUGUUUGUGAAUGGCAAUGUUGGUGUUGCAGGAAUACCUAUUCAAAGUAGUCCAGGUGGUCAUACACCACAGCUUCCUCAAGAUAUGUCGGGCAUGUUACAAAUGCAACAGCAGUUAGCAGCUCAGCAGCUGGCACAACAACAAGCACAGCAACAAGCUUUACUACAGGCUUACAUCAGUCAAAUGAAUGCUAGUAAUCAGGCACAAGCUCAAGCCCAAGCACAAGCACAGGCCCAGGCACAGGCUCAAGCACAAAUGCAGGCUCGUUAUCAACAACAACAACAGCAACAACUUCUACAAUCAGCACAACAACAACUUUUACAACAGCAGAUGAUGGGACCACAGAAUCUUGUCAGUCCAGGCUCUAGUAUGAGCUCUGUCGGGGUAUCACCAUUCACACGUCCUCAGAUGAAUGGAGGCCCACCAGUUUCAGUUAGUGGUAUGACAGUAUCACAUGUGGAAAAUGGGUCUGGACAACCAAAAAAAGUAUACAAAAUAAAAUCUCAGUUCGAAGGCAGAACUGAGCACAAAAGUUUCGGACAGCAAAAUCAUGUGCCAGAGGAACAAAAAGUUCAUAUUGAUACCCAGUUAAAUGAAAGUCAUUCAAGAAUGCCAAUAUCCCAUGCUCCACCACCGCCAAUGCAGUUCCAGGAUCAGGACUUAAUCAGUCCAAGGAUGCAGGUCAAAGCCCCACCCCCUCCCCCUCCUCCACCACCCCCACCAGCAAAUGUUUACACAGAAGAUACUUUUGAUAGAGUGAAAGGUACAUUUUCAUUCACAGACAAAACAGGUCGUGCUAGAACUGUAAGAAUUGGUCGUGUAGUAUGGCCACCACCACCUGAUAGGGAAGAAAAACAGAAACGUGAAGUAGGUCGUCUGGAGAUUGAUGAGAAGGUGGAGAGAAGUUUAAAUGACAGGAUGGGAGGGAAAAAGCAAUGGAAGAAACCUGAGCAAGAACUUCCGGAACCAAAGAAGGAACCAGCUAAAAGAACCAAAUCACUUGCUGAAUCUGUUCACUUGGCAACACUGCAACUUCUAGAGAAUAAGUUAGGUGGAAAUAAAGUGGAGGUACACUCAGACCAGGUCCAAACAGAUGAUUUACCACCAACUCCCCCUCCACCCAGACAAGAAAUUGUACAUUAUUCCACUAAAAUUAUAGAACGUGAACCUUCUCCACCUCCAUUACCAAAGAGUCCUCCACCAAGAUUUUCACAUUCUACGCAACAAGAGUUAGAAAGAGUGGAACAUGUUGUAGAGCCAGUCCAAGAAAGAACCAUCAUUGACUACCAUACUGUAGAGAAAAUCAGAACACCGCUGUAUCCUCAAAGUAAAGAAAGAUUUCUCUCUUAUCAAAACACUCCAUGGAUGUUGAAUGCAAGAAAGGAGAUAUUUCAUCCUAGAGAGAGAUUAGAGAAUCCUACAGCCCAAAGUUUAAUCUUUGAUCAGAUUGUACAAGAUGUGUAUAAUCCAGGGUGUAUGAGAGUUAAUAAAGAUGACAGAAUCAAAAUGAGAGGAAUGUUGGAAAACUAUGGAAUUAAUGAGAGAAACUACCUCACAGGUCCUCAUACAAACCAAGUGAAGAAAAUCAUCAUAGAUACAGCUAAAGAUUGGUCGUCAUACUUUUGUAGAAUGUUCCCAGUAGCUGGUGAAGGUGAAUAUUCAGAAGUGAAGUAUGUUGGUGUUAGUCACUCGGGUAUAAGAUUCCUCAGACGUGAAAGGUCACUGGUUGAUGAUAAUUUCGAUGUGUUAGAUUUCUUCAAAUUUGAAGAUGUGAUAGAUGUACAGAUCCACAACAGAAACGUGGCACAGAUUAACUUCAAAGAUAGAUCUGUAGUAUUCUAUACCAACAGGGCUAAACAAAUGAAAGAACUGAUAGACAUGUAUUUGUCAGAAACAGACAGGGUUCACAAAUAUGUUGUAGCAUCUAAAGACUAUAUCACAAGGGAGUCAACUCUUCUCAGUUUCAGGAAGGGAGAUGUUGUUAAGUUAUUAGAUGCUGAAUUUCCACUAGAAAGAGGUUGGCUGUAUGGAUCUUUAAAUGGGGUGUUAGGUUAUUUCCCAGAGGAAUAUUGUAAACCUUUAGCCAGACAUGAAGUUGAAAGGUCACCUAGCAAUACCAAGGAUAUUGAGAACGGGACAGUUGAUGAGGUACAAAAGGUGUUUUACUAUCCUUAUCCGGCUCAUAUGACAGAACAUGUAGUACAAAGAAUAAUCAGACCUCCAAGCAGGGAUGGUCGUGAUAAUAUCAGUGAAACUAGUCAAGGAACAGCGGUACAAGAUGGAAAGUUUUCCAUGAUGGAAUAUUCCUUACUCAACUUUAAGGAAUCUCAAGAGAAAUAUGAAGUAAGAAAAGGAACUGAUGGUUCAUUGUACGGAUCUGUUAAAAAGAUAGAAAGUAUUAAACUUCAAAACAUGGAACGAGAUCAAAGAAAACGAAGAGGAUCUGGAGACUGGUCAUGGAAGGAACAAGCAGAAAUGGUCAAGUGGACCAGGUCACCGAUCCAGACCUCUUUGUUAAAACUGAAUUCAAAUGAACUUAACAGACUUGCAUUGGAAUGUUUUCUAUGUGUAAUGAUGUUUAUGGAUGAUUAUCCAAUGAAGUCUGGUAUGGAUGAAACAGAUUGUGCACUCAAAAUACUUAAGAAUUGCCAUAAGUAUCCAGAAUUAAGAGAUGAAGUGUAUUGUCAGUUAUGCAAACAAACAACCAGUAACAGGAGUAUGAAACCAAAGAGUUGUGUAAUGGGAUGGAGGUUAUUUUCGAUUGUUGCUUGUUAUUGUGAUUGUACGGAAAUGUUACGGCCAUUUUUAUUCAAAUAUUUAGAAACAACAGCUUCUGAUACUUCACGAACAUUUAGUGGUGCUGCAUCAAUUUGUUUACAAAACUUACGAAAAACAUUCAAAUAUGGUGGACGUAAAAAUGUUCCUCUGAAAGAAGAAAUUAGUGCUUUAGCAAAUGGUAGAAUUUCUAAGAGAUUUUCAUUUAUAUAUAGUGGAUCAGAGAAAGAAGGCAUGGUGCAUAUAAAACCUUGUUCUGUUGUUAAGGAUAUAAUUGAAGACAUCUGUAAUAGAUUAGAUAUAUUUGAUCCAGUAGAGAUGGAAGAAUACACUCUGUUUAUAAGAACAAAAGAUGAAGCCAAUCAAAUACACUUCAGCAGAUUACGGCCAACAGAAUAUAUCCUUGAUGUCACAUCAGAAUUUGUCCGCAAUAAGAGAGAUUUCUCACUAGUCUUCCAAAGAACUGUAUGGUUCUUCCCCUUCAGACAAACAGACAACAAUCUAUAUAAUGACCUCAUGUUCUUCCAGUGUCUGCCAGACUACAUGGAUGAUUUGUUGCUGGUAAUGAAGGAUGGACGAUUAUCACAUCAAGAUGAGGAUGAUGUAGCAUUCUUGGGAUCAUUACUAUACAGGGCUUUUGAUAGAGUUGGCAUGCCUCAAACAAAAGACCUGACCUAUUUAUUACCUGGUGCUGUACGUAAAUUAUCCGACUACAAUCCACAGAAAUGGAUGAAUAGAAUACAUCAGCACUCAACAGAGGUGAUGAGAAGAAAUCCUUAUGAUUGCAAGGCUAAGUUUGUUGAUAUACUAGCAAGAUGGCCAUUGUUUGGUUCAACAUUCUUUGUCAUUAAGAAUCCACCAACUACUCCAGCCAUCAAGGGAGAAUGUCUGUUAGCUGUCAAUAAAAAUGGAAUCCAAUUCCUCAAGCUACAGACACAUGAAACUAUUUUACAGUAUUCAUUCAGUGAAGUUUUGUCAACAAGACAAUAUAGAAGUGAAAGUAACCAACAUUAUCUGGACAUGAAACUUGGUAAUCUCAUGGUACAGAAAAUCGUCAGAAUUGAAACUGAACAGGGAUCUGAUAUUUCCAACUUAAUAGGACAAUACAUGACAGUCAUUGCAAAAAACAGAAAACGACCACUAACAGACAGAAGUACUCUUGACAGGACAAGCCUACAAAGAUACCAUUGAGGACUGUUAUAUAUUUUUCCAGUGUCCAAAAUUCUACAAAAAAUAACUUAUACCAAAGUGUAGAAUUAAAAACUAAAGCAUGCAUUCCCAAGAUACAGUGAUAAUGAUGGUUGUGAUGUUAAAGAUGUAUAGUGCUACAAUUUUUUGUUGUUGAAAAUAUGAUGUUGAUCAAAUACUUGUUUAAAUAAUGAGAUGCAAAAAUAUUGUUUGUACAGGGUUCUAUGCAUUUCAAAGUAUAUAAAUAUAUAUUUAUUGUAACCAAUAUAUUGAAAUGUUAUAAUGUAUGUAGAUACAGACUGUGAUAACAAAAUUGUUCCAGGAAAAAUAUAUUUACUUCUAUAUUUGUGAUAUUUCAAUAUGCCUCAUGCAUUGUUUGUGUAUCUCUUCAGAAAUGAUUGCUAGCAGAAUCCAUUGUAUUUAGACCAAGAUGUAGCUACAGAAGAGUAGAAAGAAAACCCAUCAAUUUGUUAAACAUUCUUUACUAUCUAUAGCGCAUUAAGGAUAUUGCUAGAUAUUACAGAUAAUGCUGAACAAAAAUCAAAAUAUAUCCUUUUUGAUAGUUAAUCAUUUUUAGGAUGUGAAUUAGUAGGUCUAAAUCUCCUGCUUUGAGCUUUAUAUUAUCUUUGGAAGUAACUAAAUAGGCUAUUGUAAAUUUAUAGUACUCAUGGUCUUUCAUCUAUUAUUAUUUUGUUUAAUUUUGAUUGGUCUUUUGCCAUUUAUAUUUACAUAUCAACAUCUAUUGAAAUUACCUGUGUUACUUUACUCUUAGUAUAUCUUAUUAUUGUAAAAAAAAAAUGUAUAAGCUAAGUUUGAAGAAGAUUUGUACUUUAUGUAUGUUUUGCAAAGAUUACAUUCCUCCUUAAGGGAGCCUCUUGUAUUCUUUCUUCAGGGCUGGUUCAUUUUAACAUAGUGAACCCAAGGUAGGCAUAAUAAGGCAGCCUUAAAUAGGAUCAAUAAUGUUAUGUUCCUUGUAAUUUCCUGUUAAAAAAGAUGACAAAGUGCCUUUCGUGGGUGCUUCAUAUAUUUAAAUUGAGUAUACCUCAAUGGAUGCCAAUUUUGUGUAAUAUUUUACAUUUGAACAUUUUAUUUAAUUAAAGGGAUGUUUCUUCAGCUGUCUACAUUCCAAGCAAAAGAUCUGUGUUUCUUUACUCUUGCAAAGUAAAGCAAAAAAUCUGUAAUUUUUUAAUGGUCUACAUUCCAAGUACAAAGUUUUGCAGAUUUUGUAGCUAUCUGAAAUAUUAUUAUUUUUAUAAUAUUCACAGUGAAAAUGAUUUAGAAUAAAACCUUAAAGUUUAAUAUUUUGAUCUAGAUUUAUACAAUAAACUAGUAGUGUUAGAUAUAAUGUAUGUUCGUAGUAAUAUUCAUAUGGCUCAUUAAAUGUUACAUGUAAUUACAUAAAUAAUGUUGUUAAUACUAAGUCUUUAAAUAUUAUGUUAUAUAAUAACACUAUCAAUUAUUUUUUUCCCUCGUUUGGUUAAAUUUUGAAUUCUCAUCUUAGAUUCUCGGUCAUCUGUCCAUUACUAGAAAAAAUUGGAAGGAUUGAAGAAAAUGGAAGUAGUUUUGUAGAAAGCAUUUACUAAAAUUAAAUUGUAAAUCUUUUGUCUUGAAUAUACUUAUUACAAUAAUCGGAUGAAAAUUAUAUGAAGUUUUAUUAUUUAUUUUGAAGUUAUUUGUUUAUUUGUUAAUCAGUAGGAUACAGAAUGACGAUUAUGGAAGAAAGUUUUAAUUUUUUUAUUUAUUUUUUAUUUUGAAGUGUUCAGUUAAAGAAUUUUUUGGAGCAAGUCAGAACAAGAGGUUAUCAUUUUGAUUUAGAUAAAUAUUUUAUAGUAACAUGAAUUUGUAAAAAGUGUAUAAAGUGUAUAUCAAUUAAUCCUUAAACUGCUGAAUAUUUAAAAUAUACAGUAAAAUGAAUUUAUAUUUUUGUAAUAUGUUUAAAAUGAAAAAUAUAUAAAUACUUACUUUAUUGUUUUGUUAAAUUAAUUAAGUUACUUACAUUUUUUAAGUUUCUAUAGAUUAUACACAGGGUUUUUGUUAACCAGUAUACUUAACCUAUUGACCCCUUUGCACAAAGAUGCAGUCAUGCUCAGAAACAUUGCAUUGUUGGUAUAUGAUGAAGCUCUCCUGGAUUUAUAGGUUUUACAUAAAUAUUUUCUGGGAGACAUUGUUAUUCCCACCUUCAACAGAGUUUCUAAGGAUGUUUGUAAUGUGAAAGGGUCUACCAUGGUAUUUGAUUACCUUUUAACUAUUUACAUGUAAACAAAAUAAUUGUAAUUUAAAUAUGAAUGAACUUUUUCAUGUUCUUAAUUUUGUUAUGAUUAAUUGAAUGUUAGGAUCAUUUUUGCUUUGUUGAGGUUGUGUUUACAUUUGGAUUUUUCAUGCAUGUUAUGGCAUUUUCUGUAUUCACCAACAAAAUAGCAAUUCCUAGAUUGUAGAUCUGACUGUAUAAUGUUUUUGUACGAACCCUUAAAAGUUCCUGUAACAGAAGGAUAAAUGCUGUUCCUUCUAUCACAUUCCUGGCUGAUCGAUGGUUGAAAUGUGUGGUAAAAAAUUAGUGCCACUGGGGUGGAUACAUAGUGCCACAACACGUCCAGAAUCAUACUAACUUCUUCACUAGAGGAAGUUGAACAUUGAUAUGUGCAAUUGUUACAUAGUAUAUCAUUCAUAUAUUAUACAAUAUAUACAUAAUACUUGAAACCAUUAUAUUUUUUAUAUUUCAUAAAAUUAAUAAAUAAUACAUGUUAA